UAAACUUGGGAAUCGCAUGUGAUGCAGCAGGGGGCGCUGUUACUUUCUAAGUAAUCUCCCCCCGACGCCUUGUUUACGUGGAAGCAGGAAGAGGGCUUCGUUUCGUCUUCCGGGAUUGUAGUUUUCCAGUUGGCAUCUUGAAUUUGGUUGUGAAGCUGUGAUGGCAGUGGUUCCAGCGCAAACUCUCCGGGUUUCGGAGAUCAGAGACCCGGCGGUUCUGUUCGAGCGCUACAACACAGAGGAGAUCCGGGGAAUUGAGCGGAAAGUCCGGGGAGAAAUCGAACAGAAGAAGGAGGAACUCCGACAGAUGGUAGGCGAGCGCUACAGGGAUUUGAUCGACGCCGCUGACACCAUCGGCGAGAUGAGACAGUGCUCGGAAAGCGUCGUUCAGUCCAUACAAGACAUGCAUCGCUACUGCCAGAAGUUAAAACAAGUCAAAAGCAAUGUCCAGUCGAACAACAAACAGGAGAGCCAGAGGCAGUCUCAGGAGAAGUUCUACAUCAUGGCCUCUCAGAUAAAGCUGCUCCUGGAGAUCCCAGAGCGCAUAUGGAGCUCCAUGGAGGCGUCCCAGUACCUGCAGGCCACCCAGCUGUACCUGCUGUGCUGCCACCUGCACAGCCAGCUCCACCUGGGGGCCGGAGGGCCUUACUGCAGCCCCGUGCUGGCCCGCUUCCCCAUCCUGGUCAGGCAGGUGGCAGCCGCCGGGCACUUCAGAGCCACCAUUCUACUGGACAGUAAGUCUCUGCUGCGCGGCCGGGCCGUGUCGGACCAGGCUAUCGCCGAGGCGCUCGUGUCCACCAUGCUAUUGGAGGACAGCUCUCCUCGCCAGGCGCUGGCUGACUUCUUAUUGGCCAGAAAGGCUUCCAUCCAGCAGAUGCUCAACCAACCGCAGCACGGUUCUGGCGUGAAGGCUCAGGUGUGCAGCCUGGUGGAGCUGCUGGUGACCACCCUGUACCAGGCCUACGCUGUGUUCUACCUGCCCCCAGAGGGAUGCCCCCGGCCGGGGGAGGGAGGCCUGAGCUGUGGCCUGCUCUUCAGCACCCUGGAGAACACCACCUCCAGGAUACCUGCAGGGAAAGGGAGGCGGGUCUUGCAGGAGGAGGUCAGUACAGACGGCUGGUUCAAGUACCUGCCCUCCUCCAUCACCGAGUUCCAGCCCGCCCUGCGCACCCUGGCUCAGCCAAUCCAGAGAGAGCAGCUUCGAGACACUCUGCAACACUGGAUCGACAUGUGCAAGGAGGACAUCUGCAGCGGGGUGAGCAGCCUGCUGGUGUACGUGAAGAGCCUGAAGGGUCUGGCCGCCAUCAGGGACGCCGUGUGGGACCUGCUCUCCAGCGACUCCAUCAGCCAGCACUGGAGCGGCGUCUGCCUGCGCCUGCUGGAGCGCCCCCUGGCGGUGUGGGAGGACUUCCUGCAGCAGCUGUUUCUGCAGCGUCUGCAGGCCAUCACCCAGGAGGGCACCACGUCCAUCUCCACCAGCUCCACGCAGCUCCUCUCCUCCGCCUUACGAGAGCUCAGCGACCACCCCUCCGCCCUCGGCCCCAGCCCCAGCCUCAGCCCCCCUCCGGGCCCGGGCCGGGGGGCCCGCUACGAGGCGGACGUGGCCUCCUUCCUGUGGUCGGAGGCCCCAGGGGACCUGCUGAGCGACGCGGCCUGGGUGAGCGUGGCCCAGCGCGGGCCGCAGCACCGGAGCGGCCUGGCCAUGAAGACCCAGGCCCUGACGCCCUCCGUGCAGAGCUUCUGCUCCUCGCUGGACGGGAAGCUGAGGGCUCGACUGGACGACCUGCAGCACUACCUGCCCUCCAGCCACGCCGCAGGUACCCCUGAUCCUGCCCCGGCCUCCUCCACAGCCUCUGGCUCUGGGCCCGGCCCUGGCAACGGCUCCUCGUUCGACCGCUUCACGGACGCCGAAGCCGUCCAGGAGACGCUGCGCGAGCGCUGCGCGGCCUGCGUCCGCGACAUCCUCUCCUUCGUACGCGCCCACCUGGCCGCCAGCCCCGCCCCCGGCGCCGGCCCCGCCCACCUCAGCCAGGUGCUCUUCCUGGCCAGGCUGUGCCAGUCCGUGGGCGAGCUCUGCCCCAACCUCAGGCAGUGCAUUCUGGGACAGCAAGGCGGGGGAGCCGGGGGGGACGGCGUGGUCGUGGGAACGCCCCGGCAGGGCAGGAAACUGGGGAGGGCCAAGGCAGCCGAGGUUAGCCCCGCCCAGGCCAAGUGGGCGUGUCUGAAGGAGGAGCUUGUUGGCUGCAGCAUGGAGGCGUAUAGGAUAUGGAGCUCCGCCUUCUCCAAGGAGCUUGUGGGUAAGUUUGCAACAGCUCUUCAUGCUGAGUCGGCAGGUGCCAUCCUAGCAACAGCCACCAACUGGGAGGAGCAAGAGAUUCAGGAAGAGGCGGAGUCAGGGAGCAACGUCAUGUCCAAAAUCAGACUUCCUGUCCAGCCGUCCUGGUCCGUCCAGUCCCUGCUCUUCCGCCUGUGUCUGGAGGUGAACCGCGUGGGGGGCCACGCCCUGCCCCGGCCCACCCUGCAGGAGCUGCUGAGGGCCUGUCUGGACCAGGUGCUCGGCCAGUACGAGGCCUUCGCGUGCCACGCCCAGGACAAGGAUAGACCCUUCCCUAUGACCCAGAACAGGGCCCUCCAGCUGCUGUUUGACCUGCGCUAUCUCAACACCACCCUGGGGACCAGACUGGAGGAGGGGAAGAGCACCCGCUCUCACCAAGACCCCAGGCUCCAGCAGGUGUGUGACUCGCUGGAGAGCUACAUCGACCCCUUCGACCUGGACGUGUUCACGCCACCUCUCAACAGCAACCUCAACCGCCUCUCGCAGAGAACCUCGGUGCUGCUGGGCCUGUUGUCGGGGACGGAGAAGCAGUUUGUCUCCCGGGGAAACAGCGUCAACACCCAGGAGCCGCCCAACAUCCUGCCAUUGGCCAGCAGCCAGAUCAGGUUCGGCCUGCUGCCCCUGAGCAUGUCCAGCUCCCGUAGGACCAAGGCCCCGGUACGGGGCGCGGACGCCACCCGCUCGCUGGUCCCGCCUACCUCCGCACCGGCCAAUGACACCUUCCGCCCUGGGAACCUGUUCAGGCAGCUGGCCAAUCAGGAGGAAGAACCAGCCGCUCCCUCACUGUUCAAACUCGGUUGGCUGUCCAGCAUGGCCAAAUAAGGAGUUCCUCUGUUAGCUUUUAAUGUUUAACAUUGUACAGAGACUUUGUAAAAAAAGUUACAUAAUAAUAUAUGUCAAAUACACAUUUGAUUCACGAAUACAAAUGGUUGGUGU